AUGCAAGAGAGGGUUGUCCGCCACUUCUGGAAAUACUUCACGAGGGCUGAGGGCGAGGAAAUUGCGUGCGACGUUAUCUUACAUGAGUUGUGCAGGGUGAGGGUGACUGGCAUGCACUACAAGGCACGCGUCCAGUGCGUCCGCGACUGGCACGCCGAGCGCAAAGUUUGGAUGAGUAAGGCUGAUUGUCGGGAUACGCUCAUGGCACCGUGGCAGUACCUGCAGAACCCUCCUCAGUACGUCGGGGAAGACAAGGCGUGCUUUCUUGCGAUGGUCAUAUGGUGGACAUCCCCCGAGUACGCCCGGAAGCACGAGGAGGGCAAGCUGAAGCGUUUAGAGAUGGGAGGUGGAUCACAUGUCCUGGGCAGCAAGAACUUGGCCCUUACCUUGCAGCAAGAGGAAGUGAAGACAGGCGUGACACCAAACUUGUUUGGCCUUUUCCAAAAGUCCAAGACCAGGAGGGAGCCGCAUCCUGAAACGGGGUCCGUGUGGGUCAACGGGCUAGCGGAGGCCCAGUGUGGCGCGUACCGCUCGUCGUUCAAGGCCAAGCACGGCGAAGACGCCGACCCAACCACCGAAGACUUUGAUGUUGAGGUUGCGGUGCUUGCGGGACAAGGCAAGAAGGGUGGCCGCCUAUGGAUUGCUGACGGGUUAGUCGACCCAAAGACCAUUCCAUCUCUACGCCAGAUCCGUCGUGGGCGUAUGAGCGAGCAGCCUCGGGUAGAGACCCGCCCACGGGCUUCGGACCUAGCUGUGGAGAAGUUACGGGCGGAGAUGGAAGAAAGGGAACGGAGGCACCAAGAGGAGCAGAUGCAGAUGCAGCAGCAGCUUAGGGAGAACAUGCAGAUGCAGCAGCAGAUGUUGCAGCAGAUGCAACAACAGCAGCAGAUGUUCCAGCAGAUGUUCAUGAACCAGGCCGUGCUGACUUCCCCACCGGGGAGUAGUGGUCCUAGCACGUCGUGUCCUCCUAUGUUCCCACAUUUUGUAAGUGGUUAACUUAAUAUCUCCGUCUCAAUCUUGUUUGUUGUCUAACCGAACUUUGGAUAUUGCAGAUCCCCACGCCCGAUCCGGUUGUGAUGGCGCUCCUCCAGCAAGCGCCAAGUCAGAGCCCGCUGACACCUGGCUUGACCGUCAACAAUACGGGCAUCAUCCGGAGCCUGCAGCAGUUUCUAGGUGAGUUCUCCUACACUUCUAAUUCUUCCAUACCAUGUCACUUGUGAA